AUGGUUGUGGCGGUCGUACUGUUGCGAAGACUAUCAAUGGAUGGAUGUGCUCUUCGAUCAGAUGUCUUCACUGAUGAAGUGGUGGUCACUCAGUCGGUAGCGAACGAUGGGUCGAGCGAUGAGUCGACGAAUAACGACAACAUUCCGAUGGAUGCGGAAGAGCUGCACAAACAGCAGCAGCAGAAAGAGCUCAACAAAAACGCCGCCAAAAAUCAAUUGUCAAAGAAGUCCAAGAAUUACAAAUCAAAAGCAAAGCGAAAGCGUUCUGUGAUUGAGGAGGAGAUCGAAGUGGACGAGAAUGAAGACACCGAUAACCCUCUCUAUUGGUCGAUAACCGACGUUCACGAGUACCUCAAGAAGAGCAACUGUUUUAUGUUUGCGCCCACUCUUAGAGAACACGAAGUGGACGGCGCGGCUCUACUACUGCUCGACUACAACACUAUAACGAGUCUAUUGUAUUCGGGAUAUACCCGACAGUAUGGUAUCGCCGACGCCUCCAAACUGUCCGCUUUAGUCGAGUCUCUUCGUCACAAAUGGGCCCGUAUUUCGAAACGCCUCAAGAAUUGA